AUGGUGUCGUCUACCAAGUCGCUCGACGAUGAGGUAGCGGCACGACUGGAACUGCUGCGCGACCCGAAGCGCAUGACGGCACUGCUUAUGCGUGUCUUCUCCUCGUCCAUGCUGCGCGAUGGUUUGGAUGAAAACGCUGCGAGACGCGCGAGUACAGAGCGCGAGGAAGAAGAGGACAACGAGGUGACUGAGGAGACGCGAGAAGAGGCAUUACGAGAGAGAAAGAGACGGUCGAGUGCUGGCACAGCGUCGGAAAACGCGCGUCUUCGCGUGGUGAUUGACCCCGUUACUAAAGACGUCGACAGUGAUGGCGACGAUGAUGACGACGCAGAAGAAGAGGAAGAAGAAGAAGACGAUGAAGACAACACGAGCAAGCCUCUGGACGAAGAGGAGCUGGAGGUUGUGGUAACGACGUUACAGGCUGCUACGCGCAUAGCUGAAGAUCUGCGGCUCAGAAGACUGCUGAAAGCGAGACAGGAGAUGGAUCAGCCGCAACAGGACGACACUUUUUGUAACGAUCGUUCUAUUUCUUGCUCGACCGGGAAGACCCUGCCGCGAUUAUCACGGUCGGAAAGUCGUUCUUGCACCGCAGGAGUGCCCGGUCGACCUAUGCCACGUGCGCGCGUACAAUGCAACUCGGCUUGCACCGGAUGUGGAAAAUCAUUUUAUCCGUUUCAUCGCAGUAAAAACUGCGCUGCGUGUGGAUUUGCAUUCUGUCCAAAGUGCUCGUCAAAGAACGUGGUGUUGCCAUCUUGUUUCGAGUAUCGUGAUGAGUCCGUGCGCGCGUGUGAUCUCUGCGCGCGCUGGCUGCAGACAGCAAUGGACCACUACUUUGACGUGAUGGAGAUGACUAGCAGCUACGAUCAAGGUAGUACAGUUCUCGAUGGCAGUGGUCUAGACGAGGGUGCUUUUGAGGAAAAUUUGCGUGCAGCGUCUGACUUCAGCAGUAGCUCAGUGCCAGCGUCGAGCUUACGAGACGGAGCAUUUUCGUUGCUGACGCGUCCUCGAUCGUCUAUUUCUUCCCCCAAAGUCAGUGUUACCGAUUGUAGUGACGACGUGACGAACGAGAUUCGUGACAGCGAUGAAAUUGAAGUUGCUUCCAGUGCUACGAUGUCAAGGCGACGUCAUCGGCAAGUGGCAAUGACUUCUGCUACCACCCCAUCGAUGAAUAAAAACAAGCCUUGGUUUAGUGGUCACUUACGCGCGAUCCACGUAAACGAUCGAUUGCCUAGAAAAAAGAAAGCAAGAGGGGACAGUGAAGGCGAUGCUGAAGGCAACAGAUUAGACCGAAGAUCUGCACGAAAGGGUCGCACAAGUAGUAGCGGUUCAGCUCCUAUGAAGAGAAGGCAUACGAACGAAGAAAUUGACGACGAAUCCGGUGUGCAGCACGAUGAGGAUGCGAAAAGGAAUUGGUCGAACACUGAAAGUGCAAAAACAAGUGGUGAGCCGAUUUUAAAUGUCUUGCCGGUACAAAACGCUAACAGUCUUGAAAGCGAUGUUUUGGCACGGCCUGGAAGGAAAGCACGGAGAUCCAAGUUUUUACGGUCAGCUAGCUUUGAUUUGACCAAUCUGCUCACGACCUUGUCUCCUGACUCGUCGUCGAGUCCUCUAGAAAUGAAGCACUGCCAUCCAUCUGGGCCGGGCGAAAUUGGGGUCGAUACUGUCGAAGGUAACAGCGGUAGUGCCAACAGUGCGCGAUCAAAAAAAGCUUUUGAUGACAGCGACAUCGUGGAUGCGCGUGCCCAGCUUGACUCACCGGAAGUGAAGAUGAAAAGUGAGGCGCAGCUUGCAGCAGCAGUACUGCGCUUUGCUGUUUACGAAAUGGGUGGAAAAGAAGGGACGGGACUACGCCGAACAUUUGGAUUUUCUAAAGCAAACCCUGUGCUGGAUCGGUACACUUUGGAGCUUGAUUGUCGCCAACGGGUCGUUCAAGUGAAAUCUGUGUUCAUGCAUCGUUUUUGGUCGUUUCAUUGUGAUUCUGUCCGAUCGUUCGUGUUUGGUUCAUCUGAAGGAAUGGCCCGCCUCAUCACAUCUAAUUCUGGUCAAGGAAGCCAGUCUCUCGAGCUGAAAUUCGCGAACGAUGACGAAAGAGAGCAAUUCAAGCAAGCGAUUGAUAGCUGUCGACCUGCCAACCUCUAUCGUAUGCGUGGACUUGCCUCUCAAGCUGCAAUGUCAAUCUCUGUACAGACUGAGCUUUCAACGUCCUCUGUUCCGGAAACCUUUCGUUUGCCCAUGCUCCAGGAAACAAACACAUUUUUUUCAAGAGACUCAUCAACAUCCGUUGAGUCGGAGUUAGCACUUAUUCAUGAUACUGGCGGUAGCAAUGGAAUUGAUCGUUCAAUUCCGCAGUCGAUAUGUGUUCCACUGUUGCCAGGGGAAGUAGUGGUGAAGGACUCGGAGCUUCAAGCGACUUUGCUUAUUGGACCUGUUAGUGAUACGUGUGAACCUACCCUAGUUUGGGGACGUCUGCGCGGUAAAGUAGCUGUGACGAAUUACCGCGUGAUUUUUCUACCAUUUGAUCGUGUGGACGUCCAGCCGCGACGUGGAGGACAAGGUGGUAUUGCGUACAUUCCGUUGUUCGCAAUUACCCAUGUCCAGCUCCUUUAUCCUGGUGGUCGUCGAACGAAAUCUGGUCGCAUAAAUUACGUGGGGACAGCAGGCUCUGCAUCCAUCAUUCUGAUUAGUUGCAAGGACAUCCGCGUGAUGCGAUUCCAGUUGGACACUGUCUCCUCCGGUUCAGAGGACUAUGCGCUCAAACUGCAUAUGACGAUAUCAAAACUAGCGGAUGCUUCUCAGAGGUAUUCGGUUGUUGAUCGGUGCAGUCCUACAAGCACGGCUUCUCUUGUGUCCCUUGCGCUACCAAGUUUUAUAGAUGAUGCUGGUCAAGGAUCAGAUAGAGGUCCUGAUGGUGAAGAAGCAGUGCUUCAAAUGAACAAGGAGUCCACCUUGUAUUCAACGCCUGGUGGUUCGCGAAACCCAGCCUAUGCUGCGUCACCUGUGCUGCGUCCUGGUCGAAUUUUGACGCCUCCUCGAGAAGUUAGCGGCUCGUUUGCCUUUACCUAUUCCAUUGGGGAUAUUCGUAUGGAUCAGGAUGGAUGGAGUGUGUUUGUUGACGAGCGAGAGUUCAAGCGACAAAUUGGUGGAGACCCUGCCGUGUCUCCAUUUUUGAAGUACUACAAAAACGACAGGGGCAAUAUUUGCAAGUCGUAUCCGUCGAAAUUGCUUCUACCCGCUUCUAUGAAUUCGACAACAUUGGCUAAGGUUGCUGAUUUUCGUGCGAAGAACCGCUUGCCUGUGAUCACGUACUACCAUCGCCGAAACAAGUGCGUGUUGACCCGGUCUAGCCAGCCCCUCCUGGGCAACUUACUAUCCGGUACUUCGAAUGUGUCUGAUCAGCUGCUAUUGGGAGUUUACCGUCGACUACCGGACAUUAUUGAAAACCAAUCGCAGUCAUCAGUAUCAUCUCGACCGAUUUACAUAUUCGACGCCCGGAAGCCGAAGGCCUCGACAGGGAAUCGACUCAUGGGCAAAGGGGGUGUAGAGACUCCUCAAGAUUAUCCUGGUGCUGUCAUCCACCAUCUCAACAUUGCCAACAUGUACAGGAUGCAGUCAUCACUUAUGGGGCUGAUGAAGCUAUUCCUUCCUGGCGGCACAGGAGAUACCGAUCGCACGUGGCUGUCCAGCGUGGAGUCUACAAGGUGGCUGGAUCACGUGCGGUUGGUUUUGGAUGGCGCAUUGAAGAUUGCGCGUGUGUUGGAACUAGAAGGAGCAUCUGCGCUUGUGCAUUGCAGUGACGGUUGGGAUCGGACAUCCCAGUUAUGUGCUCUGGCACAGUUAAUGAUUGAUCCUUAUUACCGGACUAUUCGAGGAAUCAUGUGCCUGAUUGAGAAGGACUGGUGCGCGUUUGGUCAUAAAUUCUGCGAACGAACUGGAGGAGACCGUAAUCGCGACCCACAGCGGAACAAAUCCUCGCCCAUUAUGUUUCAGUUCAUCGAUGCCGUGUGGCAGAUGCAACGUCAAUUUCCGCUUUCAUUUGAGUUUAACGAGCACUUUCUGAUCCACUUGGCGAAUGCGAUGACUUCUGGGCUUUAUGGAACAUUCCUGUACGACACGCGACUUCAGCGAGAUGUGAACGAGGUGAAGAACAAUACAGUAUCAGUUUGGACACCGGUGCUGAUGAAACCGUCCCUGUACUCGAAUAGCAAUUACGAGAUGUAUGACGGACCUAUCUGGCCUUGGGUCAGCUGCAAAACGAUUCAGCUUUGGGAGAACUACUUUUUCCAGUGGCAUCCAAAGUAUUACAGGUGCCGGUGGGCAUGCAGCUUGGUUCACCACGGCCCAUCUAGAUCGGAUUGCGACGCAACAAGUAGGGCCGGAAUUUGUGGCAACAGUGAAGAGAUCGUUCAGCAGCACGAUACUCUGCUUCGUGAAACCCCUGAUGUUCACGAUCCACCAGCUCUGGAUCCAUUGGCAACGCCUACGAAUUCCGCUGUGACCGAAGAUGGCAAUGAUCACGGUGGUUCCUCUUCUGAAGAAGGAAGUAUGGACUAUUUAAAAAGGGAUCGAACUGCCAGUGAAACGUAUACGCAGAAGGCAUCAAAGCGAAAUCUGUUUGGCCUCGGUGGAUUAGGUCGUCAACGGGCUCAGAGCGAAGAGAAUGGCAGUCAAGCAAUAUGCUAG